CUUAUUGGCUGAAGUCGUCCUUCUAUUCAAGUUUCGCGGCAACACCUCUCUACUCAUUUCACUCCCUAAUUUUCUAUCUCUCUCUCUCCUCUCCUCUCUAUCUUUUUUAUUUUCAAUUCCUUCUCUCUCUCUAAAACCCUCUUUCAAAUUUCUCAUCGAUCUCUCUUUUUGAAAAAAGGCUCGUGCUUUCUCUCUCCUCCGACCUAAAGCCUGCGUUUCGAUUUCUAUUUGGUUCAGCGUUUAUUCUAUCUUCAACCCACAUAAUUGAGAGACCUGCAAUGGCGCCGGUUAGGAAGUCGAGGAGUGUGAACAAGCGUUUCACCAAUGAAAGUUCCCCAGGAAAAGAUGUUGGGAACUCGAGGAAAAAUAAACAGCGUAAGAAGAAACUGUCUGACAAGCUGGGACCUCAGUGGACCAGAGUAGAGCUUGAGCGUUUCUAUGACGCUUACCGCAAGUACGGUCAUGACUGGAGAAAGGUGGCUGCUGCAAUUCGGAAUAGCAGGUCUGUUGACAUGGUGGAAGCCCUGUUUAAUAUGAAUCGGGCAUAUUUAUCUCUUCCGGAGGGAACUGCCUCUGUAGCUGGCCUUAUUGCUAUGAUGACCGAUCAUUACAGUGUCAUGGAAGGGAGUGGCAGUGAAGGAGAAGGCCAUGAAGCUGCAGAAGUACCGAGGAAAUACCAAAAGCGCAAACGUGCAAAACCUCAGCUUAGUGAUUCUCGAGAAGAAGCUGAUAUACAACAUUCAAAUGCGUCAACAGAUGGAUGUCUCACGUAUUUGAAGCAAACACGAGCUAAUGGAACUCAGCGGCGUGCCACUGGCAAACGUACACCUCGGUUCCCUGUACAAACUUCACUCGUUAAGGAUGAAGGCUCUACCCCACCUUCUAAAAGAGCCAGAAAGCAAUUUGAUGCCAAUGAUGAUGUUGCACAUUUUUUAGCAUUAGCACUAACAGACGCAUCGAGAAGGGGAGGGUCUCCAAAAGUUUCUGAAUCACCAAAUAGAAGAACAGAACUCAGCGAUAGCUCUCCAAUAAAGAGCUGGGGGAAAAUGUCGCGAAUGAGAAAAGCUCAAGCUAAGCACCGUGACAGCUCCAGGUCUGAGGAGAGGGUGGGAAGUAGCCGAGAAAAGAAGCUUGAAUCUGAUAGCGAUGCUGCAUUGCUGAUGGAUAUGGAAAGGGUUGGUGAAAUGGAGGUUCCACGGAAGCAGAAAAGGUUUUACAAGAAAAAAGUGAAAGUCGAAGAAUCAGAGGGUAAUUAUUCUGAUGACAACGGAAGUGCUACUGAGGGGCUUAGAAUGAAAUCACGGAGGCGAAAGGCAGAUGUUGAACCCUCAAGAGGGACAUAUUCACCGCGCAGCCCAAAGAAAAGAGUUAGCAAAGUUACUUCUGGAGAUGAAUUUGAUGCUCUGCAAGCCUUGGCUGAAUUGUCAGCUUCAUUGCUUCCGGCAGAAUUGAUGGAAACAGGUGAGCUUUGUGUGGUUUUACUUGUAAUCUUAGGAAGAGUUUGCCACUGUAAUUCUGCAGCUUUUCACUACUUUAAAUUAGGGUCAUGUCAGUAUGUAUUUAUUAACUUUUACUAUAUUGCGUUGGAUCCAGAAUCAUCUGCUCCGUUGAAGGAAGAAAGAAUAGAAAACGACAUGGACGAGAAAUCUAGCACACCGGAAGCUACAUCCACAAGCAGUCAUGGGGAACAAUCAAAUGCAGAACCAGAUGAUAGUCUCCUACAUGCUUACGUUAGAAAACGAAAACCGUCAAGGCAGGCGUCCACUGAGUGUAAUGCUGUUCCCACAGGGAAGCUACAACCGCAACCUAGUAGUGGCAGUUUAAGAAGAAAACGAAAACUAAAGGUGCUUGGGGACGAAGCUCCAACAGAUUCUAGCCAGAACAAAUUCAUAAACAAGAAGGAAUUGGCUCAAGAAGAGCAUAAUAUGAAGUCUUUGGUUAGAACAAAACGCGCUGGUCAAGGUCCUCCUCAGUCAAAAGAGUUGAAAACUGCCAAGGCGUUGGAUGAAUCUACUACAUUGAGCGAUAAUAAAGGAUCUGUAAUGGAUGUAGUAGUGUCAACUAAACAAGUUUCUGAUUCUGGUCCAGCCAGUUCUCCGCAGAAACCUCCAAGCAGGCGUAAGAUGAGCCUGAAGAAAAGCUUACAAGAAAGGGAUAAAUCUUCUGACACUAUUCAUAAAGCUUCGCGUAGUUCGAGAUCUCUUUCAGAACAGGAGUUGUUUUUAAAGGAUAAGCUUUCUACUUCUCUGUUGUAUCCUUUGGCACGUCGAAGGUGCAUAUUUGAAUGGUUUUAUAGUGCUAUCGACCAUCCCUGGUUUGCAAAGAUGGAGUUUGUCGAUUACCUAAAUCACGUGGGACUUGGUCACAUUCCAAGACUUACUCGUCUUGAAUGGAGCGUCAUCAAAAGUUCUCUUGGUAGACCCCGAAGAUUCUCUGAAAGAUUUUUACAGGAAGAGCGGGAGAAACUCAAACAGUACCGUGAAUCUGUGCGAUCGCAUUAUACAGAGCUUCGCACAGGUGCAAGGGAAGGGCUCCCUACAGAUUUGGCUCGGCCACUAGCAGUUGGGAAUAGAGUCAUUGCCAUCCAUCCAAAAACACGGGAGAUUCAUGAUGGGAAAAUUCUCACUGUUGACCAUAACAAAUGCAAUGUUCUGUUCGACGACUUGGGCGUAGAGUUAGUUAUGGACAUUGAUUGCAUGCCUUCAAAUCCAUUGGAAUACAUGCCAGAGGGUCUAAGGAAGCAAAUUGAUAAGUGCUUGUCCAUGAAGAAAGAAGCACAGCUAAGCGGGAAUUCAUCAAACCUUGGUGUCUCUGUUAUAUUCCCUCCAUGCGGACUUGAAAAUAUCGACUUUUCCAUGAAUCCUUCUCUUAAUCAGGCUGCAUCAUCUGUGAAGGAAGGAGAAGAUGCGAGCAAAAUGAUCCAAGAAGCCUUAGAUUUGAUUGUCAAACAUCAGCCAUCCCACGGCUCUAUGAUCAAACAUCAUGAGCAUGCAAAUGGCAGCAUAGACCAUCAUCACAAUCCAUCUCCCUCAGACGCAGCAAAUCCUACGGCUAACAACGAUUUCAUCUCACAAGAUGGUUCGGAGAAAAAUGAGCCUCAAAUGCCUUCAGAGCUAAUCACCUCCUGUGUAGCCACUUGGCUCAUGAUUCAGAUGUGCACGGAGAGGCAGUACCCUCCAGCUGAUGUGGCGCAGCUUAUAGACGCAGCAGUCACGAGCUUGCAGCCUCGAUGCGCUCAGAACCUACCUAUCUACAGAGAAAUCCAAAUGUGCAUGGGACGAAUCAAGACUCAAAUCCUGGCUCUGGUACCAACUUGAAAAGGCCACAUUUGGGUUUUUGUUUUUUCCUUAAUCUACUCCUUUAGGUCAGUCCAGUCUCCUUUUAACUUAGAGUAGAUGAUGACAUCUUCAACUAAGAAAAUGGUGUUAGAAGUUCUUGGGUUCAAGAUAACAGCUUGACCAGAGGUAUUUUAGUUACUGAACAAGCUUUUGGCUAAUUCAAGAGAAUUAUAAUUCUCCAUCAAUGUCGUUUAGAAAAUCGCUAAACUACC